CGCCGCCGUCCGCUUCUCUGCCCUUGCUUUCUCUUUUUCGUUUUUUUUCUUCUCAUCCAACUUUAUUCUGUACACAUCACACAAUGUCUGGCCUUCCCACCAUCCCGACCAUCGCCGAGACCAACAGGCUCACUCUGGAAAAGUUCACCUCGGUGAUCUCGCUCCUGUUUGAGCCCACGGCGGUCCUGACCAAGCGCAUCUACGACCAGCGCCCGUUUGCCAGCUACGACCAGCUCCUGGACACGGCCGGUGCAGAGAUCAAGAAGCUGACGCCGGAGGAGCUCCUGGAGGUCAUCAACGCCCACCCGCGUAUUGGCGAGAAGGCCACCAACCUGUCGGCGCUGUCGAAGAUCGAGCAGGGCCAGCGGGCGUCCAACGAGGACGAGAUCCUGGCCAAGUGGGCCGAGCUGAACAAGAGGUACGAGGACAAAUACGGGUUCCGGUUUGUCAUCUUCGUCAACGGCCGCAAGAAGGAGAGCCUGUUCCCGAUCGUCGAGGAGCGCAUUGCCCAUGGCGACCGCACCACCGAGCUGCUCACUGGCCUGUCCGACAUGGUCGAGAUUGCCCGCGACCGCGCAAACAAGCUGCUGGCCGCCUCUGCCAGCUGCCCGUCUCCCUAACCUCUAAAUUGUCCACACUAUAAAUCUUACUAUCAACAUCCAAAUGUCUAUGGAACCCCCCUAUGGCUACUUGGGGAAUCGUGAUGACUAGCACAGGCCCCUCAAAGACAGCCGUGAUCUGCUCGACGUUGGCCGCCGGUGGCAGCGGCACGUCCUUCUCGAACUGGCCCAGCCUCUUCUCGGUGACCCGAUCCAACUCCAUGCUCACGCACCGUCUGGCUAUUGUACUCACCAAAGAUCUUCAGCCGGCCCGGCGUUGACCGGUCGAUGCGGAUAUGGUUGUGUGGCACAUUCGGCAAGUGCGCGCGCAGCACAACCUGGUCUUCGUCCUCGUGCCGGUCAAU